GCGGGUGCUAUUUAAUGUCCAGUCAUCCGCACCACUGUCUCCAUCCCACGCCCACGCCUGAAAUCCUCUCGUAUCGCCCGAGUGUGUAUCUUUCUCUACUUGCAUUUUGCUCUUGCGGGUCGCUCCGAUACUCUGUCCCCGGUUCUUGAGCCUUCUUGGGUUGUCCUUACAUGAUCGUUUCCCCCUCUGUGAGUAAUGUAACUCGUUGUUCCGGUGUUGCAACGCGGUCUGUGUGCUGGACUGCGAAUGCCCGUUUCCCCUGAAGUUCGUUGACCGGUUGCUGUGGUGUUUCUCGACCAUGACUUGUCGUUAGCUCCGCUGUGUUCUGGGUUUUGAGCAUUUUGCUCGAUAGUACUCUCGGGUCGUCGGUUGUUUCGCUCCAGUAAUGGCUUUCCGUUAGUUCGAGUGCGUUUCGCUCCUUAGGACUUCGUAGAAUUGGCUGCGAGCUCUAGCUUCUGAUUCCGCGCCAUGUAACGGUUCCUUGGCAUUUACCCUGCAUUUGGUAAUCCUUGUGCUCGCUUCCUGGGUGACUCUCUGAUUAAUUUGACCCUCUCUUGAGAUGAAAGACGUGAUGCUUUUUGAAGUCGAUCGCUAAAUGUAUCUAAUUUGGAGAAUGUCCUCUUCUCUUUGCUAGUUAGAUCUCCUCUUACCGUGUCCUUCAUGGAUUCCCUUCGUUAGUUUCGCAAUAGCUGAAGGAAAUGGAACUGAAAUAGGUCCAUCCCUUCUGAUGGAUUCUUUCGCUAUUCGAAGUUAGCCAAUCUUAUCGCGAGUUAUUAUUACCUACCCUCAAUCAUGUAAAGACAUCCCAAAUUCAUUCGUUCAUUCAUAAACCCUUUAUUGGGUACUUACCUGAUCAGGAAAUAUUCUUUGUAGCUCUUUCCCUCGGUUAAAUUAUGACUAUGAUGUCCUAGUCUAUCCUCCUGCAGUUUCUUUGCUUCUGCUCUUGCGAAAUCCGUAAUAGCAGCCUCUAGCAUCAUUCGUAACCUGUUGUUUUUGCAUUUCAACCCAAUAAAAAGUAAACUGUAACACUCUUCAAAGUCUCAAUUAACCAUGGAAGAAACUUUUGUUCCCUUUCGAGGGAUCAAGAAUGACCUUAGAGCAAGACUUCUGUGCUACAAGCAAGAUUGGACAGGUGGUAUCAAAGCCGGUAUCAGAAUCUUGGCGCCAACGACUUACAUAUUCUUUGCCUCUGCCAUUCCAGUCAUAUCAUUUGGGGAGCAGUUGGAAAGAAACACAGAUGGAACCCUUACUGCAGUUCAAACUCUUUCAUCUACUGCACUCUGUGGUGUCAUUCACUCACUUGUGGGAGGACAACCACUUCUCAUACUGGGGGUUGCUGAACCAACUGUCUUAAUGUACACGUUCAUGUUCGACUUUGUGAAAGACCGAAAGGAUUUGGGCCAGAAGCUUUUCCUUGCUUGGACAGGAUGGGUGUGUGUAUGGACAGCCCUUCUGCUCUUUUUACUGGCCGUUCUGGGUGCAUGCUCUAUAAUCAAUAGAUUUACGAGGCUUGCUGGUGAAUUAUUUGGUCUGCUAAUUGCUAUGCUCUUUAUGCAGCAGGCUAUACGAGGAGUGAUAGAGGAGUUUGGCGUCCCUGAGAGAGAAAAUCCCAAUCAGGCUGCACUAUUACCAUCGUGGCGAUUUGGCAAUGGAAUGUUUGCUCUGGUCUUGUCCUUUGGUCUCCUUCUUACAGCACUCAGGAGCCGCAAAGCUCGUUCUUGGCGCUAUGGAACAGGGUGGUUACGAGGAUUCAUUGCAGACUACGGUGUCCCACUUAUGGUUCUUGUCUGGACGGCUGUGUCAUAUAUUCCGGUUAAAGAUGUCCCAAGGGGGAUUCCUAGGCGACUUUUUAGUCCAAAUCCCUGGUCUCCUGGGGCUUAUUCAAACUGGACAGUUGUCAAGGAAAUGUUGAAUGUGCCACCUCUAUAUAUAGUUGGAGCAUUUAUCCCAGCAACUAUGAUAGCUGUGCUUUAUUAUUUUGAUCACAGUGUUGCAUCUCAACUUGCCCAACAGAAGGAGUUUAAUCUCAAGAAACCGUCCUCUUAUCAUUACGACCUCCUCCUUUUAGGUUUCUUGACUAUCCUCUGUGGUCUUAUUGGCAUUCCUCCUUCCAAUGGUGUGAUUCCACAAUCUCCAAUGCAUACGAAAAGUUUAGCUACUCUGAAACAUCAGCUCCUGCGGAAUAAGCUAACAUCAACAGCCCGGAAAAGUAUGAGGAAAAACUCAAAUCUUGUUCAGCUAUACAGAAAUAUGCAAGAAGCCUACAAUGAAAUGCAGACUCCCCUGGCCUACCAAAUGCCUCCUAUGCUGGGGCUGAAAGAGCUGAAAGACUCGACAAUCCAGCUGGCCUCAAGCACCGGUUACAUCGAUGCUCCCAUUGACGAGACUAUUUUUGAUGUGGAUAAGGAUAUUGACGAUCUUUUACCGGUCGAAGUCAAGGAGCAGCGCCUCAGUAAUCUGCUGCAGGCACUGAUGGUUGGUGGUUGUGUUGCUGCAAUGCCUUUACUAAAGAAAAUCCCGACAUCUGUUCUUUGGGGCUACUUUGCUUUCAUGGCCAUUGAAAGCUUGCCUGGGAAUCAAUUCUGGGAGAGGAUCUUGUUACUUUUUACAGCUCCAAGUCGAAGAUACAAGGUUCUGGAGAAGUACCAUGCAACCUUUAUUGAGACUGUGCCCUUCAAAACAAUUGCCUUUUUCACUUUGUUCCAGACAGCUUACCUGCUCCUGUGCUUUGGGAUUACAUGGAUCCCAAUAGCUGGAGUCUUGUUCCCACUUUUAAUUAUGCUGCUCGUUCCGGUGAGGCAGUAUUUCCUGUCUAAGUUCUUUAAAGGAGCUCAUCUUCAAGACCUGGAUGCUGCAGAAUAUGAGGAAGCCCCUGCCAUACCCUUUAAUAUGUCAUUUGAAGAUCAAGAAAUUCCUACAAGAACUACCGACAUAGAUAGUGGUGAAAUUCUUGAUGAAAUGAUCACCAGAAGCCGUGGUGAGAUCCGCCACACUCAUAGUCCAAAGAUAACUAGUUCGACCCCGAACUCGACCGAGGAUAUAAGACCAGCUCUCAGCCCACGGAUGUCACAGAGGGCAUUCAGCCCUAAAUUUACCGGUAAGGGAGUCGUGGAAAAGCAAACUCACAGUCCUGGACCAUCAACUCUUGGAAAGGACACUUACGGCUCGUCUUCAAAUUAGAAAGAUAUAUUGCAGUUCUCAUUAAGCCAUCAAUUGUGCCAGAGGAGUCAGUAGUCAAGUGCUAAAAGUUUCUGUAAUUGAUCACAAAUAUUUCCGAGUUCUGUUCUGGCACUAACCUGUGAAGGUGAUGUAUGUCUAUUGUCACCUUGCCCAGUAUAAUCUAAAACACUGCAUAGAA